AUGGGCUCUACCCAAAGAGGCACAACAUAUCAUGUGGUCAAGACAAAUAAAACUGGGUCCAGGGUGGCAGUUUCAGCACAGAAAGGGGCCGAGGUUGCUAGCACGACCCCUCAGCGGGGACAGGGGUACCUUGUCUCCUCGAGUCAGCGGAGUGGCCCAGCCUCCACGAUCGUGACAGGCCAUCGAAGAUCAGAAGCUGGGCACGCCACUGCUCUCCAUUUAUCAUCAGACUACCUUCGCUCUAGCUCCCCUCCGUCAGGGCCUGGCCCCUCUGGAGCACUCAACCCUCGAUCCGAGACCCGAUCCAGAACUGAUACAUCCUGCCAGGCCUCUCCUCCUCGAAAGCUGAUUCAGGGCGAGUCGGUGCCCUACACCGGUCAGGUGCAUCGGAAUGUCAGUCCGUCCAGAGAGGAAGCAACUAGAAGAGGGGUUGAGACCAGGCCAGGGCGUGACAUGAGUAAUCGUUUCUCGCUAAUUCCAGAGGCCAAAUCCUCUCGCCGGUUGAGUUUUGUCGACCAGAAGGAUGACUUCAUACUCUUAGAAGAUGAGCCACCCUCCAAGGUCCAAUACCCACAAGGGGUCAGAGUUCCCCGGAGGCCUUUGAUUUGCCCAAAGGAUGAAGCAGUCCAAACUGAGCCCAUUCGAAAGAGUGUGACUGCUGGGGAUAUCAGAUGUCCAAGGAGACCCCUUAGCCCAGAACGUGGCGGCAACCGCAUCUCUCCAGACUCUCGGUCACCCCAGAGAAGAAUUCCUGGGCCAGAAUAUGAAAUGGGCCGUCAGAACUCAAUUUAUGCAGAACCUAAGGCCUUGCAUAGAAGUGUGAACGUGGAAUCCUCCCUCACACUCUCUGUCCUUAAAGAUUUGAACAGUGGACACAAGGCUUCUGUGUGCCCUGAGCCUGAGCCCGUCCACAGGCCCUCUGUGUACAACGAAACCAAGUCCUCCCCAAAGGUUUUAAUACCAUCACAAGUGGAGCCCAGCAUGAAGCCCUCAAUGCGAGGAGAGAGUGAGGGUGGUCGCAGGGUUACCAUCUCCCCCGGGGCACAGUCAGCUUCCCGUGGAACGUCUCGAGCAGCAUCUGAGAGCCCCUUCAAAUCCUCGGCCUUUGUCAGUCUGGGACCCUUCUAUAAGCAACAUACCACAAAACGUUCAGACAGUAUCUACGAGUUCACACGACCCACACUUAGGCCUCCAGAGCCCUCUUCUAGAAAGCACUCGAUCCACGCAGAGCUGGAACUGACCCCUAGGCCCUUGCCCCCUCGGUGCUUACCGAGAUACGGGCCAGACUCCACGUGGUGGGCCUUACUCAGCACUGAAGGUGAAAUGCCCAACAGUCGGCCGAUAACACCUGAUUUCGAGCCCAAGUCCCCUCCUCCCCCAGACCCUUCACUGCCUUUUUUCGAAAUGGAAACCAGCCCUUUCUGUGAGGAUCUGAUGUUCCAGAGAGAGAAGGCAAGUCCAUCACCACUAUCAUCACCAAAGGAGUCUGCGAGUCCGUCACCAUUGAGGGAAGUGCCACAGGCCCCCAAGCACACCUCCAGACAUCCCACUCAAAGGUUUAGUGUUUUCUUCAUGGAUGUCUCUGAGGAAAUGUACAAUCGUGUCUUCUGGUGGCUAAAAGGUCUGUGCUUUUCCCUCCCGCGGGUCCGCUUUGUGGGGCUGGGGGCAGGAGAACAGAUCAAGCGCUUUCUGGAGGACGCGGAUGACGCAGAACUGAACAAGUUCGUGAAGGAUUUCCCAGGAAGCGAGACCUACCACCCACCAGAGGCCAAGACCUUGGUGCCCAGGCCCCAAAUCCAGGAGCCGAGGCCCCAGGCUUCAGACCUCUGCCAGGAUGACCUGGAGUUCAAACCCCCCUCGUGGCCCCAGCCCUCUGACAGCCAGCAGUACUUCUCUGCCUCAGCCCCCCUCAGCCCCUCAGCCCGGCCCCGCAGCCCGUGGGGCAAGCUCGAUCCCUAUGACUCCUCCGAGGAUGACAAGGAGUACGUGGGCUUUGCAACCCUCCCCAAUCAAGUCCACCGGAAGUCUGUGAAGAAAGGCUUUGAUUUUACCCUCAUGGUGGCAGGAGAGUCGGGCCUGGGGAAGUCCACGUUGGUCAACAGCCUCUUCCUCACGGAUCUGUACCGGGACCGGAAGCUCCUCAGCGCAGAAGAGCGUAUCAUGCAGACGGUGGAGAUCACUAAGCAUGCCGUGGACAUAGAGGAGAAGGGCGUGAAGCUGCGGCUCACCAUUGUGGACACACCAGGUUUUGGGGAUGCCGUCAACAACACAGAGUGCUGGAAGCCUGUGGCUGAAUACAUCGACCAGCAGUUUGAGCAGUAUUUCCGAGAUGAGAGUGGCCUGAACCGCAAGAAUAUUCAAGACAACAGGGUGCACUGCUGCCUGUACUUCAUCUCGCCCUUCGGCCACGGGCUCCGGCCAUUGGAUGUUGAAUUUAUGAAGGCCCUGCAUCAGCGGGUCAACAUCGUGCCUAUCUUGGCCAAGGCGGACACACUGACCCCUCCUGAAGUGGAGCGCAAGAAACGCAAAAUCCGGGAGGAGAUUGAGCACUUUGGAAUCAAGGUCUACCAGUUCCCAGACUGUGACUCUGAUGAGGAUGAGGACUUCAAAUCACAGGACCUGGCCCUGAAGGAAAGCAUCCCAUUUGCUGUCAUUGGCAGCAACACUGUGGUAGAGGCCAGAGGGCGUCGAGUUCGGGGCCGGCUCUACCCCUGGGGCAUCGUGGAAGUGGAAAACCCAGGGCACUGCGACUUUGUGAAGCUGAGGACAAUGCUGGUGCGUACUCACAUGCAGGACCUGAAGGACGUGACGCGGGAGACGCAUUAUGAGAACUACCGGGCCCAGUGCAUCCAGAGCAUGACCCGCCUGGUGGUGAAAGAACGGAAUCGCAACAAACUGACUCUAGAGAGUGGUACCGAUUUCCCCCUUCCUGCCGUCCCACCAGGGACAGAUCCAGAAACUGAGAGGCUGAUCCGAGAGAAGGAUGAGGAGCUGCGGCGGAUGCAGGAGAUGCUGCACAAAAUCCAAAGACAGAUGAAGGAGACCCAUUAG